AUGGAGAGCGAGCCAUCAACGAGCAGUAUGCCAUCCGAGCCGUCUUCGAGCAAGAUCGCAUCCACCUUGACCAUCAAGAACCUCCGCCUCCCUCCACACGCAUACGCCGGCCUCAACCACAUCCAUCUCCCCGACGACCAUCAAACGCUCCCCCUCGUCGACCUAGACUAUGUUCAUUUCGAGACGUCUUCCUCCUCUCCUACCACAAACAUUGUCGAGGUGCGACUCCAGCCAUCCUCCUCCACCUCGACCUCCCCGCCGUUCGAGCGCUUCCACCCGUUCGCCUCCACCUCCCGCGAGAUCGCCCCUCGCCUCAUCACUGAGCUCGAAACCCCUCCACCGACAACACAAGUCCUCGGCCAAUUUACCAUCCCUACCCUCCCCUACACGCAGCCGCACACCAACUCCGCCUUCGACGCCCGAGGCAGCCUCGCCAUCCCCGGCGGCCUCUGUCAUCCGCACAUCCAUCUCGACAAGGCUUACCUUCUCGACCGGUGCACCCUCUCCACCGGAACAUUCGACGAGGCGCUCUCAUCGACUGCGGAUGCCAAAGCGAAGUUCACGCCCGACGACGUGCGCCAGCGCAUGCGACGGUUGGUGGCGAGCAGCGUGAGUCACGGCGUGACGACCAUGCGUGCGUUUGUCGAAGUGGACCCCACCGUGGGCCUCAUGUGUCUCGAAGCGGCCGUGGAGGUCAAGAAGGAGUACGAGACGAGCUGCGAGGUGCAGAUCGUGGCGUUUGCCCAGGAUGCGGUGUUCUAUCCGGACGACGAGGAGAAGCAACGGGAGAUGCAGGCGUUGAUGGAGCAAGCUGCGUCAAGGGAGGAAGUGGACGUCGUUGGGUCUGCGCCGUAUGUCGAGGCUCUUAGCAAGACCGAUGCGCAGCUGCCCGAACGAGAGCGGAAGGUGAAGCAGAAGGGCCAACAAGCGAAGAACAUCGAUUGGAUCUUCGAUCUCGCCAAGCGACAUGGGAAGCAUGUGGACUUUCAUCUGGAUUACGACCUUGAUCCGCCCGGCCCCGUCGAGGAGGGGGAACAAUCGAUGAUACCGUAUGUCGUCUCCGUAUCCCGCUCGCAUCUGUGGGACCACCGCAGCGGCCACAAGAGGAGCAUCACCCUGGGUCACUGUACCAAGCUCUCCUGCUUCACCGAGCAGGACCUUGCCCAUCUAGCCUCGUGCUUCGGUUCGUCCACGGGUCCACCGAUCUCGUUCGUCUCCCUCCCCCCGUCGGACCUGUACAUGCAAGGUCGCACCCAACCGUACGCCACACGAUCGCGCGCCACCCUCCCCCUGCUCUCUCUCGCUUCCCGUCCCGACCUGAGGGAGCACACAAACUGGGCAAUGGGCGUGAACAACGUGUGCAACCUCUUUACGCCGCAAGGGGACGCGGAUCCGCUCGCGCUGCUGCCGACGAUGGUGGGCGUGUGGCAGUCGGCCAAGCCGGAGGACUGCGAGGUGCUGUUGGGCAGUGUGAGCACACGAGCCCGAAUCGCAGCUGGUUUGGACGAAAUGUGGAGAGAUCUGACGGUGAUAGACGGGACAGUGUCGGUGCAAGGUUUGGUGUGCGCGCCGAGCUUCGGGCGGUUGACGAUCAAGAAUGGGAGGUUGGUGGGACGACGGAGGGUGGUGUCGGAGGUGUUUCCGCUGUUGAUGGAGGCGGAGGGGAGGUGA